AUGACCUCAUCCGUGGACGCCGACAUUGAGAAACGAUUACUGCUCGACGACGACGACCCCUCUACACCUCAUCACACUGCCAAUGACCAGCGUUGGGAAUAUGCCACCAAUCAGUAUACCCAACUGGAAGUCGACGAUUCCGAAACGACUCCUCUUUCAAGACCCAUAGGAACAGCAACCGAUGAAACGGAUAUCGAGGCUACCGAAGAACCAAAGUCGUAUCGGUUACCAACCGAAGGUGGUUCCAUCUUUGCCAGCUUUCUCAACAUGGCCAACAGCAUCAUAGGAGCCGGCAUCAUUGGUCUGCCAUUCUCAUUCAAGGAAGCAGGGUUCUGGAUGGGUAUCCUUUUACUGCUACUCCUCACAGUGGUCGUUGAUUGGACGGUCCGACUACUCAUGUACAAUGGGAAACUAGCUGGCCGUGCUACAUAUCAGGAUUUGCUCGCCUUUUCAUUUGGACGAGGAGGACUUAUUGCUAUAUCCAUCUUUCAAUUUGCCUUUGCAUUCGGAGGCAUGUGUGCUUAUUGCGUCAUUCUUGGCGACACGAUUCCCCAUGUGAUUAAAUCACUUGUUCCCAGCAUCGACCAGCUUCCCAUUGUAUGGAUCUUUGCAAACCGCCGAUUAUGCAUCACAUUUUUCACUGUAUUUGUGUCUUACCCACUCUCGCUUUACCGUGACAUUUCGAAGCUUGCAAAAACAAGUGGAUUGGCCUUGAUUGCUAUUGGCGUCAUUAUUGUCAGCGUCGUUAUUGAAGGCCCUAAAAUGCCGGCUGAGAUCCGUGGGUCUCCUGACCAACGCUUUACGUUUGCCAAUGACGAAAUAUUUCAAGCCAUUGCCGUUAUUAGCUUUGCUUUUGUCUGUCAUCACAAUAGCUUUUUGAUAUUCGGAUCGCUCAAACAACCAUCACUCAAUCGAUUUGCUAUGGUCACCCAUUGGAGUAUGGUCAUUGCAUUUGUUACCUGUUUCAUACUCGCUGUAUCAGGUUACGUUGUCUUUACGGAUAAGACUGCAGGCAACAUCUUGAACAAUUUUCCGGCUGACAAUGUACUCAUCAACAUUGCACGACUUGCCUUUGGUCUCAACAUGUUCACCACCAUACCAUUGGAAGCAUUCGUAUGCCGUGAGGUACUCGAGACAUUCUUUUGGCCAAAUGCCGAAUUUCAAUGGUCACGCCAUAUCGCCCUGACAACGAUCCUUGUGCUCAUUUCCUUGACAGUAUCGCUGUUGACAUGCAAUUUGGGUAUUGUGCUUGAACUCACCGGUGGAUUUUCAGCGACGGCACUUGCCUAUGUACUCCCACCCCUUUGUUAUCUCAAGUUGGCUACGGGUUCUUUAUUCCAAAGGAGCAAGAUUCCACAUUGGGCAUGUCUUGUUUUUGGCUUGUCUAUUAUGGUGAUUAGCACAUUUUACAGCUUACAAAAGGUGUUCACUCCUCAAUACGAUUUGCCUUUGGAUGGUGGCAAUAGCAGCUCAAGCGGCGGAGCAGCCACAUGCGACUUAUAG